AUGAAUCUCCAAAAAAUUACAUUUGACGACCUUGACAAUUUACACUCAAAAUUAGACAUUCUCAUCAGAUAUUCCAAGAAUGGUUUCCGUUUGGCAAAUGUACUUACAUUUCGUACUGAGUUGAAGUUAUUUCAGGACUACUGCCAAAGAAUCCUGGGACAGAUUGAACUAUGGAUAAUAAACUUUUUGUACACCAGUAGUCCGUAUAAAGAAAUUAGUUUUUGGAUUGAAGACACCAGUGAUUUUGGAAACUCUUUUGGGAGUUUCAUAAAGUCACUCGCUAUGUUGCAGAAUAUUAUUGAAUCAUCAUACAAACUCAUUUUUACUACAAACAUAAGUGAUGUGAUAUCAUUUGAUAGUGCGCAGCAUGAACAAAUGUAUUCUUUCGAAAAUAUUCAAGAAAGAAUCAAUUCUCUACAUUUAGAUUAUUUUUAUGAAAAGUCUAAAACCGAUGUGAUUAGUUCAAAUAGAAGGCGAUUUCAUCUUCAGUAUACAAACCUGAUAGAAGCAUUGGAUUUGCACGAUAACUACAGUAGUUCUCCUAACUUGUUUUAUGGAAAUAAGAACACAACAAAAAACUCCGAAAUAGAUUUACAGUACGAUGGCUAUAUUUCUAAAAUGAAAUAUACAUUGUAUAUUGUUUGGAAUCUAAUCACUGAUUUUUACUGGUUUUUAUUGGGUUCGAAAUUGAUCAGUCUUAAUUCUGAUUUAAAGAAUAAAAAUGAAAUAUACAAUAAAAAAGAUAUGAUAGUUAUUCAAGCUAAUCAUAAACAAAGAGUAUUCAACAAUUUAUUAGAUCAUCUAACAUGUUAUCAAUGUGUUGUAUUACUCAAAGAUAUUCAUCUAAAAUAUAUACCUUGUAAUUUAAUUACAUCUUAUAAUGUUAAUUAUGUGCAUCACAAUUUAAAUUUAAUGAGAAAUGAUGAGAAUAAUUAUAUAAGCAAAUUUAUUAGUACCAAUAAUACUGAAGCAUUUAGCAAACAUUCCGAAUGUCUUUGUUCAGUGUUCGUAAAACUGGACAAAAUAUUUAAGAGUUUGAAAGGUAUGCAAUAUAACUGUAUGAUUGGUCUAAAUAUGGAUCCGACAGAUUUCUAUUCACCUGUAGAAAUGUAUACAACCGUUUUAAGUAUAACAAUCGGCAUUGAACACGCAACGCAUGCAAAGAGGCUCAACAGUAAUAAAUGUCAUGAAAAAUAUUACAGUACAAGUCCAUGUCAUUUUAUUUCAUACUAUCGCAGUGAAUUAAUUAUAACUAUUCAAAGCAAAUCACAUUUUUUGAAGUGUACUGAAAAGCAACUGGUUAAUUCAGCCAUCUCACAGAAUGAAAACGAAUUAAUUCAUAGUGAACAAAGUCAACAAGUGAACAAUGGGUGUUCCUAUAGAACAUCUGCUUAUUUCAGUUGGUUUAGACAUCAUGUGAUUCCUCUCUCUUUGGUUGAUGAAACUUGUGCAUCUAUUAAUGAUGAUAAUGAUCUCAAUACAAGAAAGUGGGAUAUGUUUAUUAUCUGGCAAGGUCAACUAAAUACACCACAUAAUGAUGAUCAAAUAAAUUUUGAACAAUUAGAUAUUUCUUUUGAUCAUACAAACAAGUCUGUAUCUAUGGCAUCUUUCCAUAUGAAUCCUAAUAUCACUACUAAUACCUCACAAAUAGAUGAAGGUGAUACUUCCGUUGUUGCUUAUGAGGAUAAUGAAGAUGGUGACAACACUGAAAAUGAUAUUACACAAAUGAAUGAUAAAUUUUCACCAGUUUCAACUAUUUCAAAUCUCCUACACAUUGACGAUAAUAAAUAUUAUGAAGAUUCGGCUUAUCAAACAUUGUAUGCUGAUGAUAAUAUCGAUCAUAUAAAAUGGGAUACACAAUCUAUUAUUGAUUCUCAUGAAACAUUUGGUAUUUUAUCAGAGGUAUCUUCUAUGCAGAUAAAACAAAUUCCAAUUGAUCAUGAUUCUGACAAUACGGAUAAUAGUGUUGUCUGUAUGAAAACUAAUUUACCAAGAACUGAUGAAUAUGACGAUGUUAUUAAUAAUAAUAAUAACAAUAAUAAUAAUAGUAAUAUUAAUGAUAAUAAUAAUGAGGAAUUGUCCAUCCUAUCAGAAGAACCUGAACUCCACCAUAAUGUUGAUUGUUGUAACUCAUCUCAGUCUGAUUACAAUGUAUUGGAUUCAAUAAGAAGUUCCCUAUACAAUAUAAAUGAUACUAAUAAUAAUAUUAAUCACAUUAAUAAUAAUAGUAACAAUAUAGACGAAAUGGAUUCAAGAGAUAAUCACAUGGUGGAAUGUAAUAAUCAUCAUGACUUAAUGAAUAAUGAAAAGUCAUCAUUUAUACAAUUUAAUUUCAUUGAUUCAUCUCUUACUCAAUUGGAAAAUAAAUUAAGUCGUAUUUCAGUGGAACUCGAAGAAAUGGAAGCAACUGAACACUUUAGUGAUGAAUAUAUAAAAGAAAUUGACAAUAUUUUUCAAUUAUUACUUUUGAUUAAAAAAAAUACUUCACAAAUUGAUUACAUAAUAUCAAGUUGGAAUAUGGACAGAUGUUUAUCAGAGAGUGAUGAUUAUGUAACUCCUAGUACUAUAACUAUUUUAUAUAAUGAGUAUACUGAUCUAUCACAGUUAACUGGAAAAGUAGAACCUACGUUAGAAAUAAGUCCAGAAGAGAAUUAUCAGGGUCAUAUUGCUACACGUUUAUCAACAUUGAAAUGUUUACGUGUUGACUUGAUGAAACGCUGUGAUAGGUUGGUUGAACGCCUAGAGAAGCAAACAAGCUAUUCUGCAGUAAAUAUAAAUGAAGAACUUGAUUUUAUCAGUCAGAAUUUAGUUUCACUUGCUCAUAAACUUGACGAUCCUGACAAUAAUGACUCAUCAAAUGAUACUGGUCCGUCAACAAUUGCCAAUAAACUAGAGAAACAGAUUACCGAUUUACAAGAAAUUCAAAAAGAAUUCGCAUAUAUUGAAGAGAAUUUACAAAGGUUAAAGUGUACACCAGCAACGGAUUCACUAUCUUGCAAAUCUAUUGCCAAACUUGAUUGUAUUGAAAGUGAACUAAAUGACAUGCAAAUUAAUUUACGAAACCAGAUAAUAUAUUUGAAUAAUUUUCACGAACAAUACAGUAAUUUAACAACUGCUCUUCAAGAAGAAUUCAGUUGGAUGAAACAACAAGAGAGUGACUUAAAUCUAAAUAUACAGUCAGAAUCAAAUGGUCCACAAGCGAAUAAUAAUUAUGAUAAUAAUACUGGCCAUCUAGAACAAGAUAUCACUGUUUUAUACAAUCUUAUUGUCAAAUUAUCACAAUAUUAUCACCAUAAACUUUUACCGAUGUUGGAAAAUUAUGAUAAAUUAAUGAGCGAUGGUGUUAGACCACCAGGAAUAAUUACAUCUAUAUACAAUGCUGAAGAUAAUGUAUACCUAUCAGUGAAUAUUCUUAAUUUAUGGGACAGAAUAACUAAAGAGUUAAUGACAAGAAAAUUCCAUGAAUUAAUCACUAGAUCAUAUGAACAAAUAACUAGAAACUUAACAUCAACUUUUCAUUGUCUGCCGACUUUACAAUCAUUUGAACUUUUAUUUCCAAAUGGUAAUUUACCCAACUCGAAUUCUCUUCAUUGUCACGUAAAUAUCAUUUCAGAUCAUAUCAAUAUUAUUCAAGGUGAAAUUGACUGGUUGCAUAAAUAUAUUGAACCAAUCAUUAUGAAUGAAGAUCGAAUUAAUUUAUUUACAGAUACUAUUACUAAUACUACUGAUACUACUAAUAUUACUAAUAAUGAAAAUAAUAUUGGAAUCAGUGAUCAAAUUGUAAAAUUCUAUGAAGUUAAUCAACAUCUAACACAAUUACUUAGUUAUUUUACACAAAUUUAUCAACAAUUAUCUGUUUUCUACAUACCGACUAUGGACAGAUAUCAUCAGACAAUUGAUCAUGCGUUGACUUACAUUAAUACUAUUCAAAAUCAAGUAGAAUUACUUCGAGAACUGGCAAUAUCUAUCAAGGUUAGUGACAAGGAUGAUAAGGAGGAUCGUGAAAGUGCUAAUUACGACGAUGAACAAAAUGAGAAUGUAGAAUGUGCUCUAAUUACUUAUGAAAAGUUAGAAAAUCUAUGUACUGGAAAACAACAGUGUUUGGAACUAUUGGAAAAUGUUCAAAAUAAUCAUCGAACUAUUAUUGAUGAACUUGUAAAUAUGGUCAAACAAAUUCAAAUUUCAAUUGAUGAAGUGAUAAAAUCCACUGACAACAGUCAAGAUUAUUCAAAGACGAUGACGUCAGCAACAACAAUACCAGUCAACACAAUAACGACCAGUACUUAUUUGUCAAAACUACUGGAUCCUAUUGAAUCAACAUCACAAAGAUUUCUGUAUUUUAUUUCAGAAAUUCAAAAGAUAAUCUCUGAAUAUGACCAGUUGAUUAUUCAUACAAGUACAAGACAAAAGUUAGUGCCUCAAGAAUUAUCUGUAAGUGAGAAUGCACGGGAUACAUUAGAUAUACAUGAUUCGGAAUUGUUUCAAGACGCUUGUAUACCAUCAGUUAAUAAUUAUCAACACCAUUUUAAUGUAUUCGACAAACAAUAUGAAGAAUUAUUAAAUGAAUCUUUGACAAAUUCUUGGUCAGUUGUUCGUGAUCAUUCCCAUUUGAAUGAUGAGAAUCAAUUGGUGAAUGGACAAACAUUACUGGUCAAUAAUUUAUCUCAAACAAUGAUUCACAGUUGUGAUUCAAAUGAAAGACGUAAUACAGAAGUAGUAAUUCUGAACAAUAUCUUAAAAAAAAUAGAUAGUUUAGAAAAUAAUCUUAAAUUAUCCUGUUGUAAUAUAAUGAAUGAUGACCUGGUAAAGAAUAGGAUGAGUCAAGUGAGCGAAUUACGGUCUGAUGUAACUGACAAAUUAAAUCAAACAAUUAAGGAAAUUGAACUAGUGCGAAUGAGCAGUCAACAAAUAGAGUAUGCUCAAGCAAAGUUGAAUGCUCUAAAAUCUACAUUUAAACAAUCAAGCGAUUUAUUUCAACAUAGCGUAAUCUCUCAAAACGAGGCUGAAUUGGUAACUAAUAUAUUUGAAACAUGUGGUCAUUUAAUUAAAAAACGAUUAUCUGAAACAAAUCAAGUAAUUGACAAGCUUCAAGAAUUAACUGAUGAAACAAAUUCUACUAAUCCAGGUCGUUAUUUACUACAGAAUUUUAACUUUGAUGAUGAAAAUGACAUAUUUCCAUCUGAAAUUGCGCAUAUCGAAAAUAACCAAUUGGUAGAUUCAAUAAAUUCUGAACAAAAUAACAUAUCUCUAACAUAUUUUAAUAUUCCUUUAUGGUAUGAACAAACUAAGGUAAAUGAUGAAGUGAUCAAUUUUCUGGAACAUAUAAAAAAUCAACGUGAAGAACUAUUAUUUAGUUAUGAAUUAUCACAACGUCUUGGUAUAUGGUUAUCAGUAAUACAUCCUAGAAUGACCAAAUUGAAAGUGAAAUUUCAACACCUAAGUGUUAAGUCAGCUAAUUUAAGUGGCAAUAAUGAUCUGUGCUCACAUUUACAUGAUGUAACCCUGUAUCGACUUGAACUUUUCUCUCAGCUACCAAUGUUUCAGUGUAUCCUCAAUGACUUCAAUGAAUUCAAAGAUGUAAUAUUCCAUUUAAGUGAAGACUAUACAUCAGACAAUAAAAUCGAUCGUAUUGAACAAACAUUUUUCGCCUGUUUCAAUAAAUGUAAAUAUGAAACUUCAUUAAAUGGAUCAGUUAUUCAUUACACUGAACAGAAAAUAAUGACAAUUAUAAAUGAUUUUAAUAACAUUCUUACAGAAUCAUCUGUUUAUCUAUCAGCUAUAAGAAAUCGACUCAUUGAAACAAAUCAGAUUUCAACAGUUCUAAAUGAAUUGUCAAAUUUGCUAGAUGAAUUCAGUUGUUUAGAUGAGAGAUUUGUAAAAGAUUGUUUGAUAAACGAAGAAGAAUUGCCUGUUCAUUGUACAGAAAACAAUUUAUCCCUUGUAAAAAACGUAUAUUUAAAUAACUGGACGAAAGUAAAAAUUCUAGAGAUGUGGCAUAAUGAAUUAAAAUCUAUACAAACUCUACUUAAAACUAUUUCAAAUGAUCGUUGCUUCGAUACUGUUACUGCUAAUAAUAAUACUACUACUACAACUACUGAUAAAAUAAAAAUCGAGAUUGAUGUAAAACAAUUGAAACUGAAAAUUGAACAACAAUCUUACCAUUUAACAAAAAAGAAAACUGAACUGAUCAAUAAAAUAAAUCAGGAAAAUAAACUACAAUCUUCAAUUACUGCUUACUCUGUUUGGUUAAGUCAACUGAAUGAUAAGUUAAUAAAACUUGCUAAACCGAAUAAUUUAACGUUGGAUACAGUGAACAGUACGUGGAAAGAAUUUAAGGAUUGGAAUUUAAAAUCACUCAAUGAAAACAAAUUACGUAUAAAUAAUUUAAUAAAACAAUUACCUAAUUCAAUAUUCAAUGAUAUUUUUAAACAAGACAAAACUUUAUUCACAAAUAUUGAAGAUUACAUUUUCAAUAAUAUGAAUAUAUUCAAUGAAUUAUAUCAUCAAAAUUCAUUAUUAUCAUUAAGAAACAACAAGAAGAUUAAAUCUCAUUUAGAAUUAACUAUUCUACGUAUAUUAAGACAAUAUAUAAAAUUUCAAUUACAAAGUAUAGAAUCAAUGAAAUUAUGGAAAGUUCAUUUGAAAUUUAUAAAAUACUUUAUCAUAAAUAGAAAACAAUUACAAUUAUUAUUUAAUGAAAUUCAUGGUAGUUUAUCAAAACUUUAUAGACCAUCAAAAUUAGUUGGAUGUUGUACAGAACAAUUAAAUAGUGUAAAGAAUGCUAUUCACCAACUGAAAACACAUGAAAGAUUAGCAAUUAAUCUUUAUAAUUCUUUACCAUUAAUCAAAUCUCUAUGUCAUCCUAUAGAAGUAUCACAAACAGUAGCUACUAUUAAUACAAUGAAACACAAUUUUACAAGUCUCAUGCGUCGAGCAAUAGAACGGCGAAAAAUUCUUACUCAAGCAUUGAAAGAAGAUACUAAGUUUGAUGUAGCGUAUUAUAGUUUAUUGAACUGGUUCUUAACCAAACUGGAGAUACUUGAGGCCUUUGAAACACGUACAGUAUAUGAUGAAAACAGUCAGUUGUCACUUAAAACUUUGCAUAGAGAAUUUCAUGAACAACAAUCGGAUUAUCAUUUGGUGAUGAGAAUGGGCAGUAAUCUACGUGAACGUUGUACAUGUACAGAUCCAGAAAAGAAUAUUCUAAAUGAGAUGCUUGAAAAACUUCAACUUGUCAAAGGAAAUUAUGGGAAACGUCUGUCGAAGUGUCAAGUUCAACUUAGUGAAAUGUUAAUUACAAAACGGAAUCCUAAAUCCGCUCUAUCUCGCUUAAAUGAAUGGUUACAAAUGAUCGAAGAACAUUUAGGCAUUGAAAAUACUCUUAACAUUAAACAUAUUACUAAUACUGAUACCACUACUGUCAGUAGUUCUAUUAAACCAUCAGGAAAUGAUCAAAGUGAAACUGACAAUUCAAAUCACUUAUUAUCAACUAAUGUUAUAAGAUUGUUGGAUAAUUUAGCUAAUCCAGCUCAGUACACGAUGACUAUUUUCAACUCUAAAGAGUAUGAAAACAUUGCUUCUGUUUUGGGUGAUAUAAUUUUUGUUCAGUCAUUAAAUUCAAAUCAUUUGAUCUUAGCUGAAGAUUUACGAGAACAUGAAAAAUUAUAUCAUAUACUUGUAAAAAAUGAUCACAACAAUAAUGAUGAGUUCAAUAAACUUACAUAUCGUUUUAUACGAUUAAAACAAGCGUUCAAUCUACGUGAAAAAUGUCUUCAAAUCGCUGUUGAUGCUGCCUUAGAACUAAAUAAAAACUAUUCGAAUUUAAUUAGUUGGUUAUUAGAAGUAACCAAUAAAUUGAAUAAUAAAGAAAUUGAACUUGCUUACGUUACUAAAAAUAAGGAAACUGUCUUACAAAAACAAACAUUGUUUUUCCACUCCGCUGAUCAAUACAAAAUUAGAUUGAAUAUGUACGUAAAAAUACAUCAUCAACAAAUCCACAUAUAUCGACCAAUAUUCAAUCACUUUGAAAAUAUAUUAAAACGUGUACUUGUUAAACCACAAGUAGAUAAACAUGAAGAACAGAAUGUUUCUGUUUACUGUUACUCGAAAUGUCGAAAGCAGUUCAUUAUUCAAUAUAGACAAAUUGUGAAUUUAUGGCAUAAACUCGAUCAAAGUUUAAAAUGUUUGCGACUUCAAUUAUUGUCACAACAACAAUCGGAACAUGCACUCAUCCAUGAUUUAAUUGAAUUCGAAUGUGAAGAACAAUGGGUUGAUGAACAAACACUACAACUGAAUGAAUUAUUGACAAUAGAUAAAACGAUUUUCCAAAAUCUAUCUAAACAAAUAGUCCCAACUGACUUGAUUGGAUCAAAUGUGGAACAAGAUACUCAAAUACUGGCGAAUAUUAACUGUAGUAAUGGUAGUACUAGUUUAGUUUUGGAUUCAGAAUGUGACCAUGUAAUUCGUAAUACAAGUAGCUGUGAAUUGAAAGAAUGCGUUUCUAACUCAGUAAAUCAUGGUGAUCAUGAAGAAGAUGAUGAUUAUGACAAUGUUGCGGAUGACCAUGACUAUGAUAUUGAUGGUUCUGUUGAUGAGGAAAUAUGUAAAGAUUUAGAAGUGCGAAUCACUUUUGCAAAAGAAAACUUUGAAGCCAUAAAAAAUAGAGAACAGAAAAUCUGUGACUGUAUGAAUGCUUAUCGGAACCUUUGUGAAAUUAUUACUGAUAAUGGAAACAGUAGUAUAAAUAAUCUCCCUUCUAUUGAUGUUACUGCACAAUAUUCACCAAGAAAGGAAAUGGUCAAUGAAAAUUAUAAUAAUGAUUAUUCCUACUCACCUUUUACUACCGUUGCUGAUCAGGAUAAUUGUGAUAGAGCAAACAAAUUGAAAACUUCUUAUUACAAUCUAUUGAAUCGAUCUAGUCAACGAAUUAAACAAUUGGAAUGCUGUCAUAAAAAAAUACUUGAGCACAAUCUUUUAGUUCAUUUCAAUUUCGAUCUGUGGAAGCAGGGGUACUUACAGUGGAUUGCAAAUCGUCAUUAUCGACUAAGUGACAUAUUUAACCCUAAAGCCUUAUCGGCAUUACGAACUGACAGACAGCUAUCAAACAUAUCCACCAAUACAGAUGAAGUGAAUUCUGAUUUAUUCAAACGUCCAACACGAUUAUCUAAUGUAUCUACGAUUUCUCAGUCAGUUUAUACUUCGUCUAAUAAUAUCAAACCUCAAUUAUCUAACAGUCGUUCAUCUCUCAUCCGAUCGAGUCGUGAAUCAUUACAACCGCUCUCUGAUAACAAACAUAAACAAAAUGUGAGCCAUAAGCCAGAUGAAGUAAACUGUUCACAAUUUAUACAAGCAGUUCUACAUGGUAGACCAACACAUGAUUGGGCAAAUCCUAUUUUCAUCAAGUCUGCAUUUUAUACAAUUGACCAAGCAAAAAAGGGCAUAGUUACAUGUCAUCAGAUUAUUGAAGCAUUAAGUCCGAAAAAACAGCAUAAACCUCUACCAACUGAUAAAUUAAUUGAACAUGCAAUAGAACAAGAAACUAGUAAAUGUGUUUGUCAACCAAAAUUUCAACCGAGAAAAAUUGGAAAGGAUCGAUAUUGUUUUGGAUCCAGUUCACGAGUUUACUUGGUUCGCUUCUUGAAUAGUACAACGAUUGUGCGAGUAGGAGGUGGAUGGAUGAGUUUAAAUGAAUUCUUGGAUUCACGUGAUCCAUGCAGAAUUACCCAUAAAACAAGUCAUUUUGGUAGUACACCUAUAAAGGCUAAUUUGAUGAAUACAAAUUCCACAUCAAAACGUGAAAGUAAUUUAGGAUUAAUUAAUGUAACUCCAAUUAAUAAAUCACGUCUUACUACACUAAACAAUAUGAACUCUAAAGAACAAAGAUCAUUUGUAUCAACUCCUUUAACAAAUAAGGACUGUGACAUGAAAUCACUGAAUUCAUCAUAUGAGAAUGAAGCAUCAAUCCAUAACAACUCUUCAUUACUAAGACAAACUGUUCCAAUGGCAGAACUUUUACGAUUACAUACCCAAUCUCUUCCACAGCAUGGACGAAAUACUGUACAUACUGUUUCAGGUUCUGAACAAAAUGAUAAAAUUCCACCUGUUAAAUAA